AGGAGAAGGAAAAUCCAAUGAUUAAUGGGUUCUUUUCUUUGAAUUCUUUUCUUCACUUGCAGCAGCAGAGGGACCACCUGUUUGACUUUUCAUUGCUGUGCAAUAACUUUGGGACCAUGAAUCAGACAGAUGCUGUGGUUUUACUCACCAACAGUAGCAACAUGUUGGGUAACCUACUGGGAUGUUGCACCCAAGCGUCAGUGGUAACAGACGAUGGCUUUCCGGAACCAGCUGUGGACGAAAAGAAUCUUUUUGUUAUGAGGGUGGUGCAGAUUGCAGUCAUGUGUGUUCUGUCCCUCACCGUGGUCUUUGGGAUCUUCUUUUUAGGAUGCAAUCUUCUCAUCAAGUCCGAAGGGAUGAUAAACUUUUUGGUCAAAGAGCGAAGACCAUCCAAAGAAGUUGAAGCAGUAAUUGUGGGUCCUUACUGA